AUGGACAACUUCUCGCAAGAACAACAAACCCGAUAUGACUGGUACCGCCGAUCCACACUAAACAAGGCCAACGUCCGCAAAGUAUGCCUCAUACAAAGUACUGGGGUACUUGUCACGCCCCAAGUCGCGCAGAUGGUCGCAGGUGUUGGGAAGGUCUUCGUCGGCGAGGUCGUUGAGCGAGCGCUCGAAAUUCAGGCUGUGCGAGGAGAACGUGGUCCGCUCACCCCAGAGGAUCUGAGGCAGGCUUAUCAGAUGUACAAGGACGAGAAGGGGGUAAUCGGUGCCGCACGGCCAUUAAAGGGCAAGCGGAUGGCCCUCUAG